AAUAUGGAAUAAACAAUAGCAUAACCGAUAAUGUUGCUGAUGGUUUUCAGGUUGUUGGAGAAGCGGCUCAACCAUUUCUUCAAUUUUUUCAGUCUGUUACAAUUAUUGUAGAUUCAAUAACGAGAGCUUAUAAAAAUGGAAAAUGUAAUCAAAAAAUUUGUUUAGCUCUAAUUGAUCGUGUUGAAAUUGCUCAGCAAGCAGUUAAAUCUUUAGAAAGACAACAAAUGGAAAAUGAAGAACUUUUUAAAAAACAAGACUAUUAUAAUGCAUGGGUUAGAUUUAUUGUCGUUUUAGAAAAUACAAAUAAAUUUGUGAAAGAAGUCACUCAAUUGUCAAGUCUCCAAAAGUUUUUAACUGCAAACGCUGUUAAAGAUGCAUUUGAUAAAAAUAUUAAAGAAUUUGAAGAAGUUUGCAAAGAUUUAGAUUUCACCUUAGCUAUUUAUGAUAGAAACAAAAAAGAGUUAGAAAAUAAAAGAAUUAUGGAGGAUAUUAAUGUCUUAACUAAGAAUAUGAAUGAUUCUUUUAGUGAACAGAUGAAAGAAUUAACACAGUUAUCAGAAAAGUUUGAUCAACUUAUGAAGCGAACUACCAAUAUUGAUUCCACCUUAAUCGAAGCCUAUAGAGAACCCGAAAUAAAUCCACGCGAACUUGUUCCAGAUUCAUUAGAAAAUGACUCCGGAAAAACUAUUCUUAAAAGAAGUUAUCGGGGAAUUAAAGUUGCAUGUAAAAAGAUUACCGAAAGUUAUGAGCCAAAAAUUUCGAAUUUUUGGCUUAGCAGGGACGAAAAAGAGAUAUCUGUGAGAAUAGAGAACAUAUUAAACAUUAUUCGAUGGUUGGCUCCUGAAAAAAUAAGUAAUUCUCAAUAUAGUUCUGCUGUUCCAUAUGAUCAUCAAUGUGAAAUGUAUAGUUUCGGGAUGCUUCUAUGGGAACUCUGUCACCAACGAAUUCCAUAUGAAAAUAUUAAUUCCGUGCCCGAAAUUGAACAACUUGUCAGAAACAAUAAACGAGAAAAAAUGUUACUUGAUCCAAAUCCAAUUGCGCAAGAACUUUUUAAAAUUAUUAAACAGGCUUGGCAUAACGCUCCUGCUGAACGUCCAAAAGUCAUGAAUAUAUUAACAACUCUUCAAGAAGCUUAUGAAAAAUAUGUUCCUAAAGGAGUUUCUCCCAUGAUACUACCUAAAAAUAUUAAUAACAAUAAUAUUCCACCCUAUAAUCUUGAAGAUAUCAAUAAAGGCGAUACGGGAAAAUUUCCAGAGGAUUGUAGGAGAUUUUCUUUGGACAAUAUUCCU